AUGCCGCCGAAGAUUCCUCUCACGCCUGAUCAGCAGAGAAUCAGGGUGAUCGUCCUGUCCUUCCCACUGCUGGUAGCUACAAGCUACGUCCUUUUCAAGCGCUUAUACCUUGGCGAGGAGCAGAGGACGCUCAAGCCGGGAGAGAAGAUUGCCAGUCGUCCAGCAUGAGGGUACAGCGGAAAAGAGCCAGUGUAUACAGGCCAAGUUCAUGAUUCUUUUGUGAAUAGAGAGACG